AUGAACAACCAUGUAGCCCCGGACAUGGAGCUUCAGGGGGUUCUCGCCGAGCUCUCACCCUUCAAGUCAUUUCCCCUGCUCAAAAAAACCCACGAGUAUAAUACAAGAAUAAUUCUGGGAUUUAAUGCCACAUCAGAUCGGCCCAUGGGUGCACCCACUGAGGGUCCUCACUCUCCUGAAGAAGAUGAGGCUGAUGAUGAUGGUUUGAAGGAAGAGAAUCUGGUCAACCUUGGAGAGGACAGCGGUACAAGUUGCAUGAAAGAAGGUUGCAGUGAAAUGUUCUCCAAGGAACACCGCUGCCUUGUUCUAUCGCAGAAAAAAGCUGCUGGGGUACUUGACAAAGUCCAGAUGUUUAUCGAGGCUCCUUGGCUAACUGUUGAUACUACAGAGAUGGGAGACAUUGGGGAGUACCUAUCACCUCCAAGUAACUGCAAACAACUCACCCAAUUUUUUCGCCUAACAGUCGACGUUCGAAUUGGAAAAGAGUUGAGGUUGUUCUGGCCAGCGGGUAACAGAAACGUUUCUGAGCUUUAG